AUGGCAUUGGUCAACGUGAUUCUCAUGCUAUUAGCAUUCACAUUCGUUCACCACCAAGUCACAAUCACGGAGGCGCGGCUCGACGUCGGCGUGUGCUACGGAAUGAUCGGGGACAACCUCCCUUCUCCAGCGGCUGUGGUCCAACUCUACCGGCGCUACAAGAUCGGCAAGAUGCGGCUCUUCGAUCCAAACCCCGCCACACUGGCUGCGCUGAGAGGCAGCGGGAUUGAGGUCACGUUGGGCACCAAAAAUCAGGAUUUACAAACCAUAGCGUCGAGCGUCGGUGCAGCUAAGACAUGGUUCGACACCAACGUGCGACCGUUCAUGAGUGAUGUCAAGAUUACGUAUCUUACGGCCGGUGAUGAAGUGGUCCCUGGAGAUUUAGCUCAGUACGUGUUGCCCGCGAUGCGGAAUCUACAAAGUGUCGUCAACAGCUAUGGAUACACUGGAGUGGGGAUCACCACUGUGGUUGCGACUUCUAACUUAGGGACUUCUUACCCGCCGUCGAGCUCCAAAUUCUCCGACGCGGCUCGUGCCGACAUGGUCGGGAUCAUAAAGUUUUUGUCGAGCAAUGGCUCGCCGUUGAUGAUUAAUGCCUAUCCCUACUUUGCAUAUGCCUCCGAUCCGGCCAACGUGAGAUUGGAUUAUGCCCAAUUCAGCGCGACUGGCCCGGUGGUUCGGGAUGGCUCCUUGAGUUACUCAAACCUGCUCGACGCAGUCGUGGACGCCUUCUACUGGGCGAUGGAGAAGGAAGGUGUGACCGGUGUGAAUUUGGUGGUUUCCGAGAGUGGCUGGCCUUCGGCUGGAAAUGGGGACUUCACCACUCCAGGGCUUGCACAAACUUAUAACCGGAACCUUGUGAAGAGAUUUCGGGCCAAUGCUGGGACGCCAAAGCAUCCGGACCGUAGCUUGGGAGGCUUCAUCUUUGCGAUGUUCAAUGAGAAUCAGAAACCCGCCGGCACUGAACAAAACUUCGGGCUGUUCUAUCCCGCCGGCACACCGGUUUACACUGUAUUUUGA